GUUAGCAUGCUAAUGUUGUCAGUGCUAGUGAUGGGUUAAAGACAGUUGUAAAGUCAAUGUUUUUAUUGCUUUUAUUACAUGUACAUUUUGUCAGUGAGUAGUAACGUCUGACUCACCACAGACACCAUUUAAAGUCCAAAUUUUGUGUUAAUUGCGGUGACAGAAGCUACGUUUACCGCCCUGUUUUGGUGGUUUUCAGACAGUUGUAGUUAGCUUGUUAGCAUUAGCCACAGUUGUCCAGCUGCUGCCGGAUCAAAUCAAACUGAAGAAGAGGAAGAAGAAGCUCCAGGUUUUCCAGGUUAAACAUUAAACCAGGAUCCAGGAGGACAGGAAAGAGUUAAAUCACCAGACCAGCUGCACGGAUUGACUCUACAGAGACGAAAAGGCGAUGUUGUCUUUCAUUUCCAGGUCAACUCUUACGAAAUACAGAGGACUGAGUCUGCCAAGUCGGUUUGUGAUCCGAGCCAUGUCGUCAUCGUCGUCCAGUCCAACCUCUCCUUACACCACGUUGGCCGUCAGUCGACCGGCCGAGUCCAUCACACAUGUGGAGCUGAAUCGACCUGAGAAACGCAACGCCAUGAACCGAGCCUUCUGGAGUGAGAUGGUGGAGUGUUUCAAUGAGAUCGCUGCAGAUCCAGACAGCAGAGUGGUGGUCGUUUCUGGAGCAGGAAAGAUCUUCACAGCCGGUAUUGACCUGAUGGACAUCGCCGGUGACGUCCUGCAGACAGACGGUGACGACACAGCGAGAACCUCAUGGAACAUAAGAAACACCAUCGUAAAGUACCAGGAGACAUUCUCUGUCAUCGAGAAGUGUCCGAAGCCCGUCAUUGUUGCGAUCCACGGAGCCUGUGUUGGAGGAGGUGUCGACCUCGUCACAGCCUGUGACAUCCGCCUCUGUACGCAGGACGCCUGGUUCCAGGUCAAGGAAGUGGAUAUCGGACUCGCGGCAGAUGUUGGAACUCUUCAGAGACUUCCCAAAGUCAUCGGCAGCCGCAGCUUAGUGAACGAACUGGCGCUGACGGCCCGGAAGAUGUACGCCGACGAGGCCAAGAGCAGCGGACUGGUCAGCCGAGUGUUUGCGGAUAAAGACGCCAUGAUGGCCGGAGCUCUGGAGAUGGCGGGGGAGAUCGCAGCUCGCAGCCCGGUGGCCAUCCAGGGAACCAAAGUGAACCUGGUCUACUCCAGAGACCACAGCGUCGCAGAGGGCCUCAACUACAUGGCCACGUGGAACAUGAGCAUGCUUCAGACCCACGACGUGAUGAAGUCUGCUCAGGCCGCCAUGGAGAAGAAGAGCCCCAAGAGCGUCACCUUCUCCAAACUGUAACGCCCACCGCGCCGAGCGAAUCCGACCGUGGCCUUUUUCUAUCGGAAGACCGACGACGUCUGCCCUUCACAUGGACGUGUUGAACAGGUUAGAGCAGGUGGAGCCCCUCAGGUGUCCUUAAACAUGUCUGAAGCUCUGAUGGACUCACAACACCACAUAAAUAACCUCUGAUAUGAGCUGACAAAUCAAUUAAUCAGUAAUUCAGUGUCAUGUGACUGAUCAGCUGUUUCUGUUGAUAAAAGCUAAAACAUAGUAGUGAAAGUGUUAAGGCAGCCUGAUGAGACCAAACAAGUUCAUGGAAAACACACAUAUGAACAUAUGACACCCUGUAACUGGUGUGCAUUCAGAUCUGUGUGUAAACACCAAUCAGAACCAGGUUUGAUUUAAUAGAAAAGCUAAUGUUCAGUUUUGUACGUCAUCGACUUGAAUGUGAAAAUAAAAAUGUGUAACUGAAACAUGAAA